AUGGCUCGCACCAAGCAGACAGCCCGUAAGUCCACUGGUGGCAAGGCUCCCCGUAAGCAGCUUGCUUCCAAGGCCGCUCGCAAGAGUGCACCAUCCACUGGUGGUGUCAAGAAGCCUCACCGAUAUAAGCCCGGUACCGUCGCUCUUCGUGAAAUCAGACGUUACCAGAAAUCCACCGAGCUUUUGAUCCGCAAGCUCCCAUUCCAGCGUCUCGUCCGUGAAAUCGCACAAGACUUCAAGAGCGAUCUUCGCUUCCAGUCCUCCGCUAUCGGCGCGCUGCAGGAGUCCGUCGAGUCUUACCUCGUAUCUCUCUUCGAGGACACCAACCUCUGCGCCAUCCACGCCAAGCGUGUUACCAUCCAGUCCAAGGAUAUCCAGCUCGCUCGCCGCCUCCGUGGUGAACGCAACUAA